ACUACUCCACACUGCUGGCCACAUGGUGGGCAUGAUAUCAAACAAUUAUUUAUAAUUCAUAACAGAAAGAGAGCAAUUAUUCCCUGGUCAGUAUUGUCUCCCUCUGUCAGUAGGAGUAGUAUACUGUAAUAGCGGCUUGUGUAAAUCUAUCUGCCCUGGUUUCCAGUAGCAAGGGGUAUCAUUUUGACAGACUGGAGAAACCUUAUCUGUAGAUAACCCAAGCUACUUAAUUCAUAGCCGAGCUGAAACUGCUCCCCAUAGACCAAGAUGGCCUUUACUUACAAAAGGAGCCUACAGUGAUGACAUCAUGCUAUUAUUCUACCUGAAACACAGGAGCUCAGCCAGGUAGAAAGGAAAGAAACAAACCAUUGCCUUCUGAAGAGCUGGGAGUUCAUUUCAUUUUGAAGAAUAUGGAGGUGAUUUUGCAGGUAACAUGAAUGCAAGUGGUUUUGAAAAGAAGACUGGAGAUUCGCUGAUCCGCACUAUUAUACACUAGGACGUCUUAUGAAUACAUCUGUACAAUGUCUACUGCAAUACAAAGGCAAUGAAGAGGCUGCAUAAGUAAACUGCUCGGCCUUUUUACCUGGUUUUUGAUGACAGGUGUUGCUUUUCUGCUGGUGUCUGGAAUGCCUAAUAAAUAAGUAUCAGAAUGGUUGAGCAGGAAGUUGUAGAAGCUCCCCCUAGCGGAGAAGCUAGCAGUGAACACAGCCCUGUUGAGGUUGAGGAUUCAGAACCUCUCCCUUUCACAGAAGGUGCUACCGUGACCAUUGCGAUUCAGGUGGUACCACCCAGUUUGACAGAAGACCCAUUCUUGGCCCCCGUACCUGCAGAACCCCCCCUGGAAGCCCCUGCUUCUUCCCCCAUAGACCCCCCCACAGACCCCCAGACAUCGAGCGCCACAGGGCAGGUGGGCAUCCCAAUUGAGCCAACCAAGACCUUGUCAGAGGGGGAAGGAGGCGUGGACCCAGAUGCCCCUUCAGUGCCUACUGCCCCCCAGGGCUUGCAGAUCUUCACCAUCAAUGUGCUGGUGUUGCUGGUGCUCCUUGCUGUCGCCUUGGUGAUCUGCCUCAUCGUGAAGUUUGUGUGUUUUCCUGCAAGGAAGAAGCCACCGUGCUGGGAUCUAUUUCCCCCUUGUGGAGAGAGUGGGAAUUGCAGCUCCUCUCUCUCUACUGCCCCCUGCCUGACCAAGCAGUACCUUAAUGACACCAACAACUCCAGCAAAGAGUACAGGAAUCCAGUGGUGCUGUGGGGUGGGAAUUCGCUCUUGCACCUCUAUAACCCGGCUGACCAGAAGUACUACAGCGUGUGUCACCAGGGCUUCAACCAGACCUUGGCCUGGCUCUCCUGCCAGGAACUCGGCCUUAACAGUCACCCCGUGUCACAGGCAGUGAGCCUGAACUCGCUGGGGUCACAGGACCUGGGUGACCUGGCCUCCAUUCAGGAGAGGGGGUCGAGCAGCGCUCUCGAGGGACUGCUAAAGCCAGUCACGGCCUGCCCGAACAAUGAAGUAGUUUCCCUGCAAUGCACAGACUGUGGUCACCGCUCUGUACCUACUGAGCGCAUUGUGGGUGGCAACCCCUCGACUCUUGGACGGUGGCCCUGGCAGGCCAGUCUGCGCUGGGAAGGCAGGCAUGUGUGUGGGGGCUCGGUAGUGUCAGCACGAUGGGUCAUGACAGCGGCACACUGCUUUGCACUGUACAACCUGUUGACGGCUGGUAAGUGGACUCUCUUGGUGGGCUCCGUCAGCAGAGAGGGCUCGCCGGCAGGAGGGCAGUACAACGCGCUAGAGGUCUACCACCACCCCAGCUUCACUCACCUCAACAACGACUACGAUAUCGCCAUGCUGCGCACCACCGUCGACGUACGCUUCUCAGACACAGUGCGGCCGGUGUGCCUUCCUAGCUAUGGACAGACUUUCCCCCUAAACUCCAACUGCUGGAUAUCUGGAUGGGGAUACACUGAAGAGGGGGGCCCCAUCUCCCCCGUGUUAAGAGAAGGCCAGGUCCAGCUUAUUGACAGCACUGUGUGUAGCCGUGUUGAUGUCUAUGGAAACUACAUCACCCCACGCAUGCUGUGCGCUGGCUACAUGGACGGCAGGACUGAUUCUUGCCAGGGGGACAGCGGGGGUCCUUUGGUCUGUCAAUCCGGCCAGUCUUGGUGGCUCGUGGGGAUAGUGAGCUGGGGGGACGGCUGCGGCAGGCUUGACCGCCCGGGGGUCUACACCAACGUCAGCGAACUUCUGGACUGGAUCUACCGCAAAAUACAGGCUGACAAAGACAUCCCAUGAUUCAAAACACCGCUGGAGUCAAGAAAUGUUACACCGACACCUCCAAAAUACAUAUUUUCCUAUCGUUUCAGAAGAAUUUAAUAAUUCAGUCUUCAGGAAACUGUGCCUUCAUAGUUUCAAGAGUACUGCAUGUGUUUAGUGUUUUGUUAAAUGUUUGUUAAUGUUUUGUUUAGUUUUUUUUUUUUUAGACAAAAAAUAUUACAAGAAAAUAAAUU